AGUGUGUCUGUGUUUGCGUCUGUGUCUCUCUGUCUGUGUCUGUGCGUGUCCGUGUGUGCGUUUUUGUCUGUCCGUGUGUCUCUCUGUUUCUGUGUCUAUCUCUGUGUGUGUGUGUGUGUCUGUGUGCGUUUGUGCGUUUCUCCGUGUGUGGCGCGCAGCGGCUUGCGGUGACGUCACGGCGCGCAGGGCUGGCGGGAGGGCAGCGCGCGCCGCCGCCGGGGAGGGCGGGGUCGGGGCUUCCCCCCCCCCCGCACCUUCUCCGCGCUGGUUUACGGCGCCCCCGUCCCGCCCCGUCCUGCGGCGCUGCCGCCACCCUUCGGGGCCAGAGACGGUGAUGCGAGGGUUGGAGCGCUUCUGCUACCAGGACAGGCUGAGAGAGCGGGGCUUGCUCAGCCUAGAGAACAGAAGGCUCUGGGGAGACCUUAAAGCGACUUUCCAGUACCUGAAGGGACUACAGGAAAGCUGGAGAGGGACUGUUUACAAGGGCAUGGAGUGAUAGGACGAGGGGCGAUGGGUAUAAAUUGGAGGGGGGAAGAUUUAGACUGGACAUUAGGAAGCAUUUGUUCGUGACGAGAGUGCCAGGAUGCUUAUAAUUUAGGAAUACAAAGCUCUGAAUGCAGAAUAAUCUCUGGCUCACUUGAACAUUGUCUUUGCCAGCUGCCUGGCAUCUCAGAGAAUCAGGCCUGAAAUAGCUGUGGGAUUCAAGAGUUCUCGCAGCCUUCUACAUGUUUGGGUGUUGUCCCCCUCCCCCCCCUUUUUUUCCCCACAUUCUCCUUAGUUCUAACGACACCUUCAUUUCAUGGAGCAGUGAAGUGAUUUCGUCAGAUUCUUGUCUUUCCCUGCAAUAUGUUGUGUGCUUACCUGGGAGGUGGUGGAGUCACCAUCCACGGAGGUAUUUAGAAGACACGUAGAAAUGGUGUUUACAGACAUGGUUUAGUGGUGGAGUUGGCAGUGUUAGGUUUACAGUUGGACUUGAUGAUCUUAAAGGCCUUUUCCAACCUAAAUGAUUCAAUGAUUCUAUGAGGCAUUGGCACAGGUUGCCCAGAGAAGCUGUGGAUGCCCCAUCCCUGGAGGUGUUCAAGAUAAGGUUGGAUAAGGCCUUGGGCAGCUUGGUCUGGUGGGAGGUGUGCCUGCUUAUGGCAGGGGGGAUGGACCUAGAUGAUCUUUAAGGUUCCUUUCAACCCAAACCAGUCUGUGAUUCACUUGUGGGCAGGAAGGGUUCAGCUGUCCCACUUUACUGUAACAGCCAUGUAGGGCGGCAGAGGGGUUGUGGCCAACAGGAGAAACAGUCCGUUGAAGUGUGAGCCGGAGCUGAAGAGGAAGGUCUCCUCCUCACCCAUGUAAAAUGUGGGGUUCACAGGUGGCCCCCAAAAGAACAAUGGCCUGAUCCUACUUCCUGCACUGUGACUGCCAGAGCUGAAGGCAUAAUCUUCAAAACCAGAGCAGAAGCCUGGCUGGGCUUAACAUGUUUUCAGAAUAUGUUGGAGAAAGGAGUAGCCCGACUGAGCCAGUGCCGGUGACUGUCUGGAAGCCACAGUGCACUGACAGCAGCAGUUUGGCUAGUGGGAGUAGCUGUAGGUUGGUAGCUCUUUGACAGAGACCGGCCAAAGGAGUAAGAAAAGAGAGGGCAUGAGAAAAACGUCACACUAAUGUGAACUGUUAGCCUCAGGCAUGUUUAAACCAUAGUUAUUUAGAAUUGGUAAUAAAACUAGGACAUAUGUGUAAUACAAAUUAUGCAAAAUAAUAGAUUUUGGCAUGGGAAAAUACUUGGGAAAUACUAUAAUUCAUAUACUGUAUACAAAAGGAAAGUCCAGGGAGUGUAUUUUAAUCACCCCUCAAUUUAGGCAACAGAGAUGUGGAUUCCUUUCUUAAAAGUUUUUAAAGCUAGUUCAGUCACAGAUGGUGAUGGUCUUAAAAUGAAAAAUGUAAAUUAUUUACCAACAAUACAUAAUUACACAAGCCCGAAGCUAACACAAAAUGAGGAGACAAGAAUAUCUCAUGAUUAAACCAUGGGCUACACAAACGGCACAGGACAGAUGUCUGAAGACAACAGGCUACUUCCUGUAAGAUUAAUAGGUUUGGAUUAGUUCAGAGUCAUGACAGAAGACAUCCAAAGACUGUGCUUCAGGUUGGGAUGAUAAAUUAGAUUGUCAUGUUGUAAAGAGGGAUGUGUUUGUCCAAUGGAGAUGAUUUACCUAAUAAACAACUUAUGUUAAUGUACUACACAUACCACAUAAGAACUGCAUCUUGAGGAGAAAUAGAAGACAAAGGCUUCAUUGAUCCUUUUAGUGAAGACAUCACUUUAGUGGCAGGCAGACCCUUGAACACGGACUAAAUUAAAUAUUUCAGGAACUGCUAUACUCUUAGUGCAAGUAAAAUACAUUUUGUGACAGGUUUGUUCUGGCAAAACAUCAACAGCUAUGAUAACUAACUUCUCUUGAUUCUGUUUUUUGAACCCCUCUCUGCCCUUCAUGGUAUCUUUUUGAUUUAUGAGUUUAUGGAGUAGUUUCAGUGUGCUGUUAAAAAUUUCACAAUUGGUUGUUUCACUUCCCAGAAGAGACUGAGGCAAUAUGGAUUAAAAACACUUUAAGAAAAAAUCUGCAAAGCUAGAAUUUGGGAGAAGGAGAGGGCAAAUUCAGAAAAAGAAAAUUUCAGGGGAAAUUAAAGGGAAAUGAGUAAAUUCAAUAAAAGAAAGCAAAACUGUUUGAUUUUCUCAUAUUUACUGUUCUUUCUCAAUAUGCUGCUUUGGGAUGCUUCACUGUAUUCAUACUUCUAUAUUGCUGCCUCUUCUCCACAUAGCUUGAUGAAGUUAAUGGUAUUUUCAGCUGAGACUCGUAAGACUUACAGGAGAUAACUACAUUAGUAUAAAAUAUCAGCAUUAUGCAAGGUGUUUACACAGUGUAGUGAAAGGUACUAAACACAACUUUAAAAUCUUGGUUCUGGGAGAAGGCUAAAUUGGAAAGGGAUGAACGAUUCUAAGAGGUUCUUAGAGUUAAGCAGCAAGAGCUGCUUAAUAUAGCCUGCUCUUCUUAUUCCGUCAUGGAGAGGCUGCCCUUAGCGUUGACGGCUAGCUACAUCUAUUCCGGUUCCAUAGAACGCAGUUAUCCUGGAAGUACCUUGGGCUCAGUUUGAGAUAUCAGAGGGUAUGUUUCUUAGACAUAGUAACUCAAUAGAAUUAAAUGCUGGAAAUGGUUUGAAGGUGCCAUAAAAGGAAGCUGGCCCGUUUAAAGGUAGAUAGCAAGCUUGGAUUGCAUGAUGGAGUGCAGCAGGCACUGCAAUUUUAAACCUGGUUGCUAGUCUCUGUGAAUUAAUAUAAACAGUUCUAGUCAGUCAGUUCCUAGCAGUCAGUUAGCAAGCAGUGUUUAUUGGCUUUAAAUACAAAGCAUAAGGCAGGUUUUGAGAAGCUUUUGGGAAUAGAAGUGUAAGAUUCCUAGAGUAAAUAAAGUCCCCCAGGACUGCAUUUAUUUUGUUUCCAAAGUGGCUGGUUACUGCAGUGUCCUCACAUCAAUGCAGAAACUAGGGGAUCUGCUCUGGGUAAAGUUACAGAAAAGGUGAUCUGUAGAUUGCAGAGAAAGUGUCCUGCGUCAAGAUUCCUGGGACUUGGUGACUCAAAAGAUCCAUUAUCCAGAAGAAGGCUAUGAAUUUACAAGGAAGAAUUAAAUGAUUUGGGGGAAAAUCUGGCUGAUGGCUGAGUGACCAUUAGUGAGUGAAUGGGCUCCUCUGGGAAGGCUUGUCCUCACACCAUGACAGCUGACAAGUCAGAAGUUGGAGAGUUAGCUCUGGAGCCUCUGCUCACUUGCAAGCUGUGUCUCUGUGAAUAUUCCCUGGAUAAGAUGACUGCUCUUCAGGAAUGCAACUGCAUCUUUUGUACUUCGUGCCUAAAACAAUAUGUACAGCUGGCAAUUCAAGAAGGCUGUGGUUCUCCUAUCACAUGUCCAGACAUGGUAUGCUCGAACCAUGGGACCCUACAAGAAGCAGAGAUUGCCUGCUUGGUGCCUGUUAACCAGUUUCAGUUAUACAAGAGGCUGAAGUUUGAACGAGAAGUCCACUUGGACCCUCAAAGGACAUGGUGCCCUGCAGCUGACUGCCAGACAGUGUGCCAUGUUGCACAGAGUGAGUCGGGAGCGCCCGUGCUGGUGGAGUGCCCAGUUUGCCACCUGAAAUUCUGCUCCUCUUGCAAGGAAGCAUGGCACCCACAGCGCCUGUGCCAAGAAAACCUAACUACACCAGUAGCAACCGAGGGAUCACUUAUUGGAACAGAGACAGAGGCACCAAUUAAGCAAUGCCCAGUUUGUCGGAUCUAUAUUGAGCGAAAUGAGGGCUGUGCUCAGAUGAUGUGCAAGAACUGCAAACACACGUUUUGCUGGUACUGUCUACAGAACUUGGAUAAUGAUAUCUUCUUAAGACAUUACGACAGAGGCCCUUGCAGGAACAAGCUGGGCCACUCACGGGCUUCAGUCAUGUGGAACAGAACGCAGGUUGUGGGGAUCCUCAUUGGAUUAGGUAUCAUAGCAUUGGUGACCUCUCCCUUGCUGCUCCUGGCAUCUCCAUGCAUCAUCUGCUGCAUUUGCAAAUCUUGUCGAAGCAAGAAGAAAAAACACAGCCUGCCAACAACCUAAAACUCUGUCUGUUUGAGCCUCCAUCUAUACAGUAUAUGUAUGUGACAAAGCACAAUGGUUGUAUUUGGGUGCCAUACCUACCAAGUAAUACUCCUUUAUUGGCCAAUUCUUGGGAUAAGUGCCUAUUCUUUACAGGCUACUCUAUCACUAACAAGUCUCAGUGUGGGAGAAGUCUAGAUAAUUGUGCAGUACAUAUGGUGUAAGUUUUUGCUUUAUAAAAGGAAAACAGGACACCAUUCAGUAGUUCAUACCCUUAAACCUGAGCCACCUUUUGAGACUGCUAGAACUUUACCAUCUUCUGUCAGCUGCACAUGACUUGAUCCUGCAAUAUUACUCUGCUUUUGCAGACCCAGUUGCUACUGUCGUGCUUCUUGUUGGCUCUUGGUGAUGCUCAGACUUCUCAGAAAGUUUUGGGUAUUUUAUAAACGGAUGAGAGGGAAAAGCCUGAUGAAAUUAUUGUGCCUGCUAGCUUAUGUACCAUUGAAGGUAAAAAACUGUUAAGAAAAUUUAUUUGACAGUUUUCUGUCAACUGGCUGCUCUGGUAUUUCGAUUUGAUUUGUACUAUUGAUCUCAAUUACAGAAGUAAAAAAACAACAGAACUAUUUCAAACUAAAAUGGGACUCUCUUUUGAGAGACUUAGACUACCUUGAGAAAGUUGGUAUUUUUUCAGAUCAAACAUGAUCUAUCUACCUUGAAGUAUUAGGAGUAUGUGUAUUUCCCUGCCAUUGAGCAUACCUUUUAUCAGUAACAUCGGUGUAGUAAACUCACCAUGAAGCUGAUGUUUUAAGAAAGGCCAUGGUACAGUUCCUGUUUUGUGCUCUGCAUUGGGAUCUUAGUUGUGCAUUUAUAGAUUGGCCACAUGUGCAUAGAUAUACUGAGUACAUAAAACACAGUUUAUUUUCUAGGCAGUCAGCAUACUUUUUCAACAGUUUACAUAGAGUGGCAGUGAGAACCCUGUUAAAAUCUGACUCAAACUAGGCUAAGCCGAACCCUUCUUGAAACCUUAUGGACCUGCUGAAGUGAAUACUUGAGAAAUGCUAUGUAAAUGUAAGCUCCAUCCAUUGGUGGGUAUUUCUUCUGUCCUGCUCUAGGUUAAGAAACUCUAUAACUGAUGAUUUUUACUCUAAAUCUGAAAGGCUGUAAUUUAAUGAACCUGUCAUUUUAAUUUGGUGUCUCACCACCAAACUGAUUCAGGCUCUAGUAUCAGUUACAUCUCUGUAAGUUCACUGAAACCUCACUGAAGAGCUAGAGUUACUCCAGGCUUACUUAGGAGUAGCUGAGAUCAGACUCUGCUCCCUGGAGUUUAUUUCCUCAAUGGCUGGUGCUCCUCACAACUCUGGUCAGUGGCAGCUUUUGUUCUGUACUUCUGUCUGUGCAUUUUAUAUCUGUGGGAUUGAUAAGCGUUUGCACUAUAUAAUUCGUUUUAAUUCCAAACCGCUUUUGGUAAGAGCUGCAAGGUUUAAAUGAGAUGCUCAGUCUGACCGUUGUGUUGGGCACACCCUCCUGCUCUGCCCUCCUCCGUGCACAGAGUGCAAGGCACCCAAAGAGUGCUGCCAAGAGCGUCUUUACUAUUGCAUUUGGCCGAGCCUCAGGAACUUUACCUUCUUGGCAGUCAUAAAUGUGACCUUUUUUUUUUUUUCAUUUAACUUCCCUCUCUGGUUACUGUAACAGAAGUGGUACAUGUUCUUAUUUUAAGAAAGUGUAGUCUGUUGAGCAGACUAGCGGGGACAAAGGCCUUAAAUGAUAUUGUCUGUUUUAGUUUUUAAUUGAUUGCUUUUAUAAAUACUCUCUGACUUAGCUACCAGUCAUGACUGGAGGGCAGGCGGUGCUCGCCAGUGUGAAAGGCUGUAUUUAUUUUCCAUCCACAGCUUUGAAGGGAAGCAGAAAGAUAGUCAGUACCUUCUAAAUACAGAGUGCAAUGCAGGCAAAUGCCAUUUAUAAUAGAUAGAGAAUGUUUUCUGAAUGUGUUUUCUUUAAAAGCCCUUAUGGUAGUGCUUGUGGCUACUUGUGACGGAUUAAAGUGAACAGCCCUUGGCUUUGCACUAUUUUUCUACCUAUGUUUAUAAGGCACUACUGGUAAUUUCCAUUUUAUUUAUGAACUUGAAGUGAGAGUCUUACUUUAAUGAAGCCACAAGGACAAAGAUACAGGAGCUGUAUAGUCUCCUUAACCAUAACCAGCAUUGCAAUGUACCAAUAUCCUUUGCCUAUUAGAAUUCGUGGGUUUUUCACGUUUUGUGGUCUUAGCUCUGCCAAAUGCACUCUCUGCUAGUCCAGUUUCAUUCCUCGUCCUCUCCUUCUUUCCCUUGGCCUCUUUUGGCGAAAAGCCUAAUGGAAUGAAGGUGUGUCAUGUUUUUUUUCAUUAAUACUGCUCUGUUAGUGAAACUGCAAAGUUCUUCCCUCUGUUAAAGAAAUGCAACCGAAGGCAGUUGUCUUGCUCAGAACACACUAAUGGACACAAGGUCACUGUUUGAAUUGUAAUACAAAUUUGACUUUUUUUUUGGUUUUGUUUUUUUUUUAAAUGUUGUCUAAAGUUAAUGCAGAUCUCUCCAUAGGGUGGGAAUUUUUUUAAAUGGUUUGAAGGAUAACAUUUUAUAAAAGCAUUGUACGCAUGUAUAGCUCUACAGUCUGGGGAAGCAAUGCUAUUCAGUUGAUUUUUAACUCUUCAUUUAAGUGCAGGGUAACUCUUUUCAGAGGCUAAUUCUUACAGAACAGAAGAAAGGUGUGUUUUCCAUGUGCACAUUUUAUUGCUGUUGCCAGUCCUAGUGCAGCUACCAAAAGCGGUAGAAAUUCAGUAUGCAGGUGUUAGCACAACCUAACAGCCAGAGUGCCAGUCCAGGCAUCUAAGGAGCCUGUAUGGAGAUUGGUAGCAGUAGCCCAGGCUUUACCUGGAUGUCUUUAUAGAAAAAACAGGCAAGGAGAGCAUGAGCUACAGGUAAACAUUCCUUUGGAUAUGUAGAUGUAACAAAUUGACCAAGAAAUAAGCUCUAAAGAUACUUGGAGCUUAAAAUGGAAGUCUUACAAAGUUUAUUUUCUUUAAGAGGCUGUGUCCGGUGCACUAUCUAUCCUGGCUUAAGUAGACCAUGACCAGUCCAGUACAUGAGGGUGUGCUAACUGUGCUGAGUAUUACAGCUGUAGCGGUGCUGAAGUGCUGGGAGCAGUAGGGCACUGUUGCCAUAUGUUCCAAAAGGCAGCUAUUUUGCAGCAACUGGUCAUGCUCACAGAUCUUCCAAAGAACUAUUUUAGUGGGAACCUUUCUAUAGUGUUGGGUUUUGGUGUUGUUUUGGAUAUUUUAAACUUUAUAAGGAAGAUUAAAGUCACUUUAUUGCAAGCAUGACAAAAGAUACUAGCAGAAAUGAGGGAGAAAGAAACAAAACCAGGACUCUUGACUACUUGUGACUCUGUACCUGUAAAUCUGGAGCUCCAUCUCUGUGAUGUGGUGCACAUUAGAACCAGGCUUCAUGGCUCUUACCUUCUCUUUUCUUUCCCCUGUGGCAGGGCAGCAUACUGUGCAGGAGCUGGGGUCUACAAGACACCGUCCACCCUGGCUCCAUCACCGAUUUACCUGAGGACCUUAAACCACUGAGAGAGACCUUAGGGGUUUUAGGCAGUUAUGUUACAUUGAUAGUGUCCACAGACAUCUCUCUUGGAGAGCAAGAGUGGCAACUACUCUAUUCCAUCUGAACCAGGGGCAUUCAUCCAUUCUGGAAAUUUGACUCUAGAUGCUUAAAUGUCAGAUCUAGAAUUAGGCACCAGUGCUAGAAAUCUGGACUUUUACUGCAACUGGCCACAAAUCUCCAUGGCCACUGAGCAUCCCAUGUCCUUGUGUUACAAUGAGGAUGAUGAUACCUGCUCCCCAAACCACCUGUUAAUAAACAGAAAAUAUUUGUUGUGCUAUAGCAUAAGUACUUCUGAGCAGUAUUUAUUCUAGAACUAUAGGAGAUGGUCAGUGCUGUCGUUCAGUAAUUGAUGAUUUAAUAAUGGUGCGUGGGGUUAUUUAACCCCACAUGGCAUGAAUAGUAAUGAUAAUCGGUGUUUCUACAGUGCUUUAAUGAUGCUAAAUGCUACGUACUUACUGUUGUCUGUCCAGCAACAUAGCAUAAAGUCCAAAGAUAAAUUUAAAAUGUACAUUUUUUUACUUGAAUGGACUAAGAUAAACUGGACAUUACCUUUGUAUUUGCCUGUCAAUACACAAGAGGACAGAGAUCAGCUGUGUCUCCACAAUGGGACAAUGAAAUCGACUUUUGGCUGCUCUGUUCUCUGGUACCACAGUAAGUGGUUUUGCUGUAGUGCCAGCUGCUUUAAAAAUUUAGAUCUGUUUUGCACUGUAAUCCCCUUCUCCCAGUCACUCUCAUAUUUCUCAAACUAAUUCCUUUUAUGAUUGUAUUUUUCAUCCUCUGUCUCAGGCCAAGGAUUCUUAGAGCAAAAUUGGUAGAUUUCUUUGUAUGAGGAUAAAAAUCUUUCAACAAUUUUCUCCCAGGUUUUAAUAAGAAAUUUGGUGCUGAGAUAAACAACCAAAGAUUGAAAUUCCAGAUUUGGGUUGUUUAUAAAAACUCAUUCAGACUUAAGAAGUUGUCUUGGAAGACCUAACUAAGGGCUUCUUUGUAGAGCUCAUAGGUAAAGGAGCCCUACAGCUUUCGAGCUGCAGGAGAGAUGCUUCUAUUGUCAAGCAGACUUUUUUUUGGAAUGUGCUAGGGAAAGAAAAAUCUACAUCGUACAUACAUAUUUUUAUGAUAUAAAUCAAAAACCCUUCUCUUCUAUGGUUUAAUAUAUUAGGAAUUCAACCCCUCUGGAGGUUUUCUAGGAUAUACUUACAUAGUAAGAUAAUUGUAAAAAUACAGUAAAGAAGUUGAACAGAGUGUGCUGGUUGUAAAACAGUUGUAAGACAUCUUUCACACAAAUGUGUAGGAUCAGACCCUAACUUAUGUGUCUGGUAAUAAAGAUGUGAAAGUUUCGCUCUCCUGGAAUAGCAAGAGUUGACUCUUCUGCGGUCUGCUGAAGGUGAAUUUACUGCUAAGAUUCUGGAAAACUUCAGUCUAAUUUUUAUUUGUCCUCUAGCUAGUAAAGUAAUAAAGUAAGAGCUGAAUGCCCAAAGGUCUGUAUUGUGUCACUACACUCAAGUUACUGAGAAUCAAUGUGUUUUUAUAAUGUAUAAUUAUAAUUUAUGAAAUAUUAAUUCAGAAUUAUUAUUGCCUUUUAUCAUUUGAUAGAUUUAUUUUAGUUGCAUUCCUACUGUCUUCCUCUUUAUCUUUCCUCUUCAGGUUCGUGGUCAUGGUGUUCCUGACAAGGUAGAUACCCAUGAUUUGGUGCAGUCCAUAGUAAAUGUUUACUGCUGUUUUUUAGUUGUAUCAGAGGUUUUGGUCUGAUACCUCCAGUUAGUUCUUUGAAUCAAGCAAAUUUAUUUUACUAGCAAAGUUAGUUUCCUAGCAGUGGAUUUUAUUGACUAUCACAGUUUGGGCUAUACAAGAUGAUACUGGUUGACAAGUUCCACCAGCUUUCUAGAGGCCACGACCUCAUUCUUUUGUCUUCUGCACAGGAGACUUUCUCUUUCCUUGGCUGAAAAUUCAGGACUUUUGCUUGUGCCUACUGGAUGUCCAAACAGAAACAGCAGUUUCUGGUGGCCACAUGCCAGGAGAUCCCAGACAGGUUGAAUGUGUGGUGCUGCAGCACAUGUGCAGUGACUUGCUCAGAUUUCAGGAAAGUGCCUGAGCUUUACAGCUUGCUGGGGCUCGUGCAGUGGAUAUGGUGCACAAAAGACUCGUCCAGAUGGCUUCAUGAGUUCUACCAGCUGUAUGGCACGUGUAGUGCUGGGCUGGUGCUGCACCACAGCCAGAAUGCUGUGCCGUCUCACUGUGUGUGUCCCAGAGUUUUGUCGGGGAGCCUGUCUCAAGCUGGCCCUUUCCAUAUCUACAUGCCCACCCCCCAGGCUCCUCAAAUUCCACAGCACAUUUUUGCUCCUUUCAUUCUACAGUCUCUGCUGCUGGCCUGCUUUGGUUCCCAAGAAACCUCAGUUCAGUUGGGUUUUUUGGAGUUUGGCUGGUCUAAGCGUUUGCUUUGCCUAAUGACCAAGUUUUGGGAAUGAAGGAAAGUGGAACUGUUACGUACCACGUGAUGUUAGCAUCACAGGCGCCAAGGGUCACCUCAUGAGAAAUCUUUAACUGCCCCAGCAUUGCUUAUUUCUGUAAAAAAAAAGCCUGUGCUUUAAAUACAAACGUAAUUCAAAGUGUCCAAGUCUUAAACCAUGGUGUGUGUCUCAGCACUGGUGCAAACCGGCAGCAGUUGUGGACCCCUGUCCUGCCCAGUCUGAGGCAGGUACUGAGCUCUGCGCAUUGCAGGUGGAGGAACUGAGGUUAGCCAGGCUAUUUGCAGUGCUCCCACCUCUUCUCAGUUUAAGGUCUUCUGACUGGACUGGUGCUGCUUUCGGAUGCAUUUGUUUGAAAUAUAGCCUUGGUUUGAGAGGAUCAGGAGAGAGGGUACUUCAUUGCGAGUGCCAUGGAAAAGAGCAAGUUUUGUCUUGUCAGGAGGAAUUGCGCUCCUCAUCUUCCUGCACUGCAGUGCACAGGAGUGGAUUCCUCCUCAGCAUCUCAAUGUUGUUUCCCUGGUAUCUGUUUAGGCUUAUGUUUUGUUUAUCUGGUUUUUUGUUUGGUUGUUUUUUUCUUUUCCUCCAGGUAAUACACUUUCUUCACCACUUUUCUCCUGGUGAAGGGCAAAAUGGUUUGAUCUUUGUAAGAUUUGUUAAAACAUUUUUGUGUUUAUAAAGGGAAAGCUGAUGUAUAAAGAAAUAAGUGCUUUUGUAAAUUUUUUUGUUGUAUGAUUCAGCAUUUAAAUGUUUUACAGAUGCAAUUUUUUGCACUCUCUGCAUAUAUUCAUAAAAAUAUUUAUUUUCUCUCUUUAAGGUUUACUUUCGGGUUGUUUUUCUUCUAAUGUUAUAAAAUGCAAUAUGUGCAACAUUAAAAAAAUAGUGUAAAGACA